AUGAUUCAUGAAAUUACUCAUUGUAGUUAUCAUAAAUUAUUAAAAAAUAAAAAACGAAAAUUGUCUGAAAAUGAAAUCGAUGAAAUAGUUAAAAUAGCUAUUGAUUAUUGGGGUUAUUUUCAUCAACAACAUCCAUGGAGACAGCAUGCAAUAAUAGCUGUCAAAGAAUUUGUUAAUUGGAUAAAUAAUAAUGAUAUAUUUUGGGGAUUUAAUAAUAAAAAAUUUAUUGAUUUUAAACAUAAUAUAAAAAAUCAAAUCGGUGCUAUUACAGAAAAUGCAAUAAAUUUAAACCCUUAUUAUUAUGCUGAAAGAGUACUUCAUGAAAUAUCUCAUUAUGUAUAUCAAAAAAUAUUAGAUUUAAAUAAAAAAAAUGAUAAUUAUAUAUCACCUGAAGAAUGUAAUCAAAUAAAAAUAGAAUUAAAAAACAACAUAUUAACAAUAGAUCAAAUUUUAAUCAAUUUAAAUAUAGAAUUUUCUGCAGAUGAAACUUCUGAAAAUAAAUUAAAUAAAUUACUUGAAUAUAGUAAUCAAUUCAUUGAAUAUUAA